AAGCUCCUGGUCACCAGACGGACACCGCACAGUUACAACCUCUGCUUCAUUUCUCGGAAGACUGAAACUGAAGAAAAUCAUUCCUCGUGGUUUCCAGUAAACAAACGGAAAUCAGUAAACUAAGUAAAUGAUUUUGAGUGGUUUUAUUUUUUCAUUUUUAUGUAUUUUUGUCUCCUAUUAUCGCAGUUUUCUUGCCUAUACUCUACUGAUGUCUCGCACCCGAGCCGCUGCACAGACUCAGUUAAUUUAUAGAGUAAACAAUGUGCAAAGUAAAUGAAGGAUACAGUGGGAGCUAACUGUGGAUGCUCUUGGAUUUAACAGCAGGCGCCUGUAAUAACUUAUGGCGUGAAGGGCCCAUUCUUGGCCUUCGUCACUCACAGCUAAUGGAUGUCUUUACCCAGUAUGCCUACAAUGACAGUUUCUAUGACAAUGGAACAUGGAGCUUCAACGAAACAGAUCAAGAGCAGAAGCACCCUUACAACUACUAUGCCAUGCUGCUUACUCUGCUCAUCUUCGUUAUCGUCUUCGGGAACGUGCUGGUGUGCAUGGCUGUGUCCAGAGAGAAGGCUCUGCAGACCACCACCAACUACCUGAUCGUCAGCUUGGCUGUCGCUGACCUUCUGUUGGCCACACUAGUUAUGCCAUGGGUCGUCUACUUGGAGGUAGUGGGAGAGUGGCGCUUUAGCAAGAUCCACUGUGACAUCUUUGUUACCCUGGAUGUGAUGAUGUGUACAGCCAGCAUCCUCAAUCUCUGUGCCAUCAGCAUUGAUCGUUACACAGCGGUUGCAAUGCCAAUGCUGUACAAUACUCGCUACAGUUCCAGGAGACGGGUCACAGUAAUGAUCUCUGUGGUGUGGGUUCUGUCUUUCGCCAUAUCAUGCCCCGUGUUGUUUGGCCUAAAUAACACAGCUACUCGUGACGAGUCUCUCUGUGUGAUCGCCAAUCCGGCCUUUGUGGUAUACUCCUCCAUUGUGUCUUUCUAUGUUCCCUUCAUCAUAACUCUGCUGGUUUAUGUGCAAAUUUAUGUGGUCCUGAGGAAGCGCAGAAAACGUGUAAACACAAAACCGAAGCAGCGUGUCUCUCAGGCUGCCGACCCUCAUGUGGCCACUUCGCUGAAGGAUAAGUGCACUCAUCCAGAGGAUGUGAGGUUGUGCACCAUGAUUGUUAAAUCUAAUGGGAGUUUUCCUGUCAACAAGAAGAAAGUGAUUUUCAUCAAAGAUGUAGUCAAUGAGGGGGAGGAUCUGGAGCUGGACGAGCUGAACAACAGUGGCAGCAGCCAGAAACAGAAGCAGCAGCCACAGUGUGCUCUUGGAGACACUCCGGCCACCAGCCACCAGCUACUGAUGCCCAACAAGGCCAACGCUAGCCCCACCUCUCCACCUCCCACACCCCCUGAGGAGGGCCAGAAAGCGGAAAAGAAUGGAGAUCCUACCAAGGGGGCUCUGGGGGAUCCAGCACCUGUCGUGGCCAAAGCCUUCCAGACAAAGGCUUUACCUAAUGGCAAGACUCAGACCUCUGUGAAAACCAUGAGCAAGAGGAAGAUCUCCCAGCAGAAGGAGAAGAAGGCCACUCAGAUGUUAGCCAUCGUUCUUGGUGUAUUCAUCAUAUGUUGGCUGCCGUUUUUCAUUACACAUAUCUUGAACACCCACUGCACUAAAUGCAAGGUUCCUGCUGAGAUGUAUAAUGCUUUCACUUGGCUGGGCUACGUGAAUAGUGCUGUAAAUCCCAUCAUAUACACCACCUUUAAUGUCGAGUUCAGAAAGGCAUUCAUUAAGAUCUUGCACUGCUAAACAGCAACAUCACUUGUUUCAUCAGACUGAUGGAGGAGUGAUGAAUAAACGCAUAUCUUUUGGCAAAUACCUCAUCCUGCUAAGGAAAACGCACCACAGGGGGAAACUGCGACCUGCUUUUUAAAAGUUAUGGAGCCGAGUGACUGAAAAACUGACACCGUCUUACUUAAAGACAUGUUAGCUCUAUAUGUGAAUUGUUUGUGGACUCCAAAUCACUGAAUGUAAAACAAGAAAUGUCUGUAACAAUGACUUGUUUCAUGGAGAAAAGAAAAAUGUAACACUGUUCUCUAAAAUCAUUGUGCUUGUCACGUAAGGAGACAUCUGUGUAUACCACACAUGUACAAGUUGCAAACUGGUAUUUAUUGUGUGUGUACUUUAUGUUUUGAUGAUUGAAAUUUUCUGCAAAUCUUAUAGAUAUUAAGUCAGUGUUCAUUGCAGUGUUAAAACUGAUAUGUGAGCUUUUAAUUAUAAAAUCUAUCACUGAUUGGAAUGUGUAUUCAAGACAAGAGACAAUUUAUUUGCCGUACGAUGCGGAAAUGCCAGUAUCCACAUAUUUGCAAUUUUAUAAAUUGAAAAAUCAUAUAUUAUUAUUACCAACUAUUCUUCCUAUCAUUAUUAUUUGUUGUACAUAUUUUUCUUAAUACAUUAACUGUGAUUAUAUGCCUGCAAUGGAAAUAUGAUGCAUGCUACACUGCUCCUCUACUUGACUUCUCAUGAAAUGUAUGUUAAACAAAAAAUUACAAAAGAUGUCCAA